AUGUCGCAUCUAGCACCAACUGGCAAGUGGGACGCAAGAUACCUUGGCCCUGUCCCUCACGACUCUUCAUACUAUGCCAAGUGCAUGCUCGGUGGUGUUCUUGCAUGCGGUAUCACUCAUGCUGGUAUCACUCCUCUUGACGUGGCUAAGUGUAACAUGCAGGUAAAUCCUGCAAAAUACAAGGGUCUCACGUCUGGUCUUGCGACUCUACUUCGUGAGGAGGGUCAGACCGGUAUCUGGAAAGGCUUUGGUCCCACCUUUCUCGGUUACUCGCUACAAGGCAUGUUCAAGUACGGUCUUUAUGAAGUGUUCAAGGACCAGUACAUGAACUUGGCUGGCGAAGAGCUUUCUAACAAAUACAAGCCCGCCAUCUGGCUCGCUGGUUCUGCAUCGGCAGAGGUCUUCGCUGACAUCGCCCUUUGCCCUCUCGAGAUGACCAAAGUCAAGAUCCAAACUAGCCCCAGCGGCACGUUCCCCACGGCCUUUGGUGCUGCCCUCAAAGAGAUGAGCAAGACCAAGGUUGAGACCCGCUACCCCUUCGGCUCCCUUGUUCCCCUCUGGUCCCGUCAGAUCCCUUACACCAUGGCCAAGUUCUUCUUCUUUGAGAAGAUUGUCCAGGUCUUCUACACUCGCGUUUUCACCGAACCCAAGGAGUCUUAUGCUAAGACCACUCAACUCGGAGUCACUUUUGCUUCUGGUUACCUCGCUGGUGUUGUCUGCGCUAUUGUCUCCCACCCGGCUGACUCCGUCGUCUCUCUCAUGGGUAAGCCUGCAAACAAGGGCAAGAGCAUUGGCACGAUCGCAUCAGAAACUGGUUUCGUCGCACUUGCAACCAAGGGUCUCGGCACCCGUGUAUUGAUGAUUGGUACUCUUACCGGCUUCCAAUGGUGGAUCUACGACUCCUUCAAGGCGUCGAUGGGUCUCGGCACCACUGGUGGCAAGUAA